AUGUCAUCCCUCAACAUCACCCUCAGAAGCCACUCCGCCAAAUGCCGCUUCCCAGAACGAGCCAUGGCCUACAUCACCAUAGAAUCAACAGGUGAGUCGGAAAAUACCGUCUCGUACGGCGUCAACGUGACCGCCAGCCUCCUACGACACUUCCUGGAAUCCCUAUGUCCCAGCGAAGAACCCGAAACCACCCAAGCCGAAGCCGCAGUAUCAAGUUUCUCCUCUAGCCCCAUCCUCAUCGUAUCCAAGAACCCCAAUACAGCAGACGCCAGGGAAAAUCGCCAUGGUCGACCCCGCAUCUACAACGCCGUCAUCACCACCUUCGCUAUCUUCUGCGACUUCAACGAGCUGCAGAAGUUUAUCGUGAAGGUCGAUGAAUACUCAAACGCGAAACUGAAUAAUGCUGUGCUUGAUGCUGUUAUGAAGGCGAAUCAGUAUGCGAAGGCUGCUGGGUUUGAGAGGGCGACGCCGGUGGAUAUCAAGGAAAUUGAACCUCAGACUAUGAAUGCUGCGGGAUAUCCGCAGAGGCCGAUCUAUCGCCAUUCUAGUGGAGUUAGUUUGACGCCCCAGGAUAUUGUGUUGAAUUGUUGUGUGGAGGUUGCUUUUGAAUGUGUGGGCGAUCUUGGAUCUGGUGAUACUUAG